AUGGACAUGCGUGGUCUGGCUCACUUUAUCCAGGACGUGCGGAAAGCCACAAGUAGCCUGACUGAAGAAAAGAAGCGUGUCGACCUGGAAUUAGUUAAGAUCCGUUCAAAGUUUCGCAACGCGGCGGCAAUGAGCACGUAUGAAAGGAAAAAAUAUGUCUGCAAGUUGAUGUUUAUCGCAAUGCUUGGGUACCCCGUAGAAUUUGGCCACAUGGAAGGGGUAAAGCUUCUGGCAUUAACAUCCCCGGCAGAGAAACUGAUCGGCUACCUUUCUGUUACCGUGUUUCUGCACGAGAAUCACGCGCUGUUGAAGUUAGCUACACAUAUGAUUUACAAGGACCUUCUGUCAGAGCAGGAGUUUAAUAUGAACUUGGCACUGACGGCGAUUGCCAAUACGGGUGGGAAGGAUUUUGCGGAGGUAUUGUCUUCAGACGUCAAAGGUAUUCUCUUGAAUGAUCGUUGGAAUGUGCAUAUUCGCAAGAAGGCGGUGCUGACGUACUUGCGCAUAUAUAGAAAGUAUCCCGCUGUUGUGGACCUCGCUGAAGUGGUCCCGGCUGUGACUGAACUUCUUCAUAGUCCGCUGUUUGGAAUGAGUGGUUGCGCCGCACUCUUUCUUACGGGGUGCCUUAAUGAGGACAAUUUUCAUCUCUUUCGCUUCGUACCCGAUCGAGUCAUUGGACUCCUUGGAAAGAUCAUACUGGCAAAGCAAACGGAACCGGGAUAUGUAUACUAUGGGGUCCCUGCACCGUGGUUGCAGGCAAUGGCCAUACGCCUUCUUCGUAAAUUUCCCGUUCCUACAGAUACCGUGCUGAAGGAAAAUAUUCUUCUUGUUUUGCGGAUGAUUGUGCAGGCGACAGAUAGAGUGUUGCGGGACGCGCAAGCCCAACAGAAACAAAAGGGAACUAUGAAUCGUGUGAGUGCUAUGAAUGCUGUGUUUUUUGAAGUGAUUUCUCUUGUCAUUGAGUGGGACAUAGAUACCCGGCUUUAUAGUGACUGUCUGGAUGUCCUCAGUGGGUUCGUGACGGAAAAGAAGGAAUCAAACUUGCGUUAUUUGGGUUUUAGUUUACUGUCAAAAUUGUCUUCGUCUAAGAGGUCAUACAACGAAUACAGGACGUACUGUAGCCAGUACCAACCGCAGGUGGUUGUGGCUCUUCAUGACCCGGACGUUUCCAUCCGCACGAAGGCGUUGGACAUCAGCGUGAACAUGUGCGACGAUGCGACCGCCACAGAGGUCAUUGAAGAACUUCUUUCGUACCUCCCCAUCGCGGAUGGCGUCUUCAAGGAGAAUCUUGUGCUUGCCAUUUCCCGCCUGGCUGAGGUGCAUUGCGUCGAUUACGGGUGGUACGUUGACGUUAUUCUCUCCAUGCUCUCCCAGGCUGGCAGACUCACUCCGCAACAUAUAAUUUGUCGUGUAGUGCACGUUAUCAUCAAUCACCCGUACGUUCAGAAAAGGGCAGCCACAACGUUGUUUAACCUGUUGAAGGGGCACAAAACUGUUCCUGAAGUCCUGUUGCGUGUUGCAGCUAUUGUUCUGGGUGAAUUUGGGUACCAAAUCGCCCUGAAUGCGGAAAGUACACCCCUCAUGCAGGUGAAAGUCCUUCAAAAUUACCUCAGCGACGCCUCGGAGGAGACGCAAAGUAUCAUGCUAAGCACAUUUGUCAAGCUUUACAACUACUACGACAUUACGGUACGUGAAAAGAUACUGAGCAUACUGUAUCAGUACAGAAGUAGCUUCAACGUUGAGCUGCAGCAACGCGCCAUGGAGUACGUCGGACUCGUCGAGCUGGGCAACGAUGAACUGCUGCAGAAGGUGUUGGAGCCUUUGCCAAGUUUCGGCGAGGAUGAGUUUUCUCUCGUGCUGCGUGGGCGCUUCCAGCGAGAGGCGGUGCUUGUGGAAGCGGUGUCGAGCGGCUCUCGCGGGGAACCUGAAAUUGCAGUUGCCCCAAUGGCAAAUGAAGUGUCUAAUAAAACGGCCGGCUCUAAUUUCUUAGUAUUUAAUCAUGAUGCGGCCUUAAGGCCUGGUAGUAAAGCAGAUGUAGACUUGGGGGCCUUGUUUACCGUCACCUCAGCAGCGCAAUUGGAAGGCAUGACAAGAGAAAAUGAACUGGCGCGGCAACGCUUCAUUUUUCUACUGCAGGCAGCGUCAGGUGUCCUCUACUCGGAUGAAGCUGUGGAACUGCAUUGUGAGCAGCAGUACCGUGGGGCCGAUGCACGUGUGACGAUGACCGUUCGAAACAAGCUGACAGUGGAAGAGUUGGAGAAUGUACUUGUAGAAAUCACCGGUGUAGAUGUUGGAUUGCUGCUGCAAUCUAGGAACGACCGCGGAGACAUCACUUCUGGGGGGGUUUUGCGCGUGGAGUUUGCUGCCAGGUCGCGGGCACCGUAUGGCGAGGCCCCUACCGUACGUCUCUCGUACAGGCGAGCGGAGGGCCACACCACUCAGAUGAAGGUGCUUGCCCUGCCCAUUGUGACCACACGGUUUUUGACUCCGUAUGAUGAGAAGGAUGAGGCAUCGUACGAGACGCUGUGCAAAGAAAUGAAUUCUCUUUCUGCCACCACCCGACACCUCUCCGCAGGAUGUGUCGCGCAAAAAGAUUUCAUUGCAGAGGUACUAACCAGGAUGGGGUUCCGCGUCAUGCAUGCCGUAGGUGGCACGGAGUGGAAAGCCAUGGCGGCCCACGCUACCCAAUCUCAUGGUGUGCUUUGUUAUGACCCCGUGGUGGUGAACGUGUUCGCCGCUGGCGCUGGAGAAUUGGCCGCAAAAGUCAUUGCCAAAAGUUCCGUUCUCCGCGCUGUCAUCGUGGAUGUUCUGGAGCAAAGUUUGCUUGGUAGCGUACGGAAGGAACUUGACGAGAAGACGAGUGUGUCGGGAGAUACUUUGGCCUCUUUAUUCCCAUGA